AUGUAAGCUGACCAGGAAAUUGUUUUGAAAUUAUUAUUCGUUGGGAGCUCUGUUGGGAAGUCAUCGUUAAUACUCAGAUAUUGCAAUGAUGAAUUUAAAGAAGAUUUUUUCCCAACAAUUGGAGUCGAUUUUAAGUUAAAGUAAUUAGAAUUUAAUGGUAAAGCCAUAAAGUUGUAGAUUUGGGAUACUGCAGGAUAAGAGAGAUUUAUGACCAUAGUCUCAAGUUAUUACAAAGGAGCUCACGGAUUUUUCAUUGUUUAUGAUGUUACUAAUAAGCAAAGCUUUGAAGAAGUAGCAAAGUGGGUUGAUUAACUUAAAAUAGACACAAAUCCAGAUGUGCCUAAAAUAUUGAUUGGGAAUAAAUCUGAUUUGAAUGGGGCAAGAGAAGUCACUCCAGAAGAAGGUUAAUAAUUGGCAAACACUUUAGGUGUGCAAUAUAUAGAAACAUCUGCAAAGGAAGGAUUUAAUGUUGAGCAUGCAUUUCAGACUUUGCUGGCUGAAGUUUAUGCUCGUCAUGAAAAAGAGGAAAAAGAGAAAGAAUCCCAAAAACAAUGA